AUGAAAACUGCAUCCUGGUCAGAUAUAGAGCAGAAUCGUCCAGAAACACCAGAGAGAUUUCAGUUCUGGGAACAGGUAUUAAGCAGUCGGAGUUUUUCCUCGGGGCGACAUUACUGGGAAGUGGAUGUCAGUGAGGGAGGAAGAUUGCAGAGUCGGGAUGUGUUAUCCCAGUAUAGAGAGGGGAGGAGGCAGUCAGGGAUUGGAAGUAAUAACAAGUCCUGGGGUUUGUGGAAGUAUAACAGUGAGUGUUAUCUAUUACAUGAUAAUAAACCAAUCCCAUAUCUCCCGAUACCCCCCCUGAUAGAGUCAGGAUCUAUGUGGAUUAUGAGGCCGGGCAGCUGUCCUUUUAUGAUCUGUGUGACCCCAUCAGACACCUCCACACCUUCACCACCACCUUCACUGAGCCCCUCCAUGCCGGGUUAUGUGUAA